CGUGUGAACAACUACAACUACAACAACAACAACAGAAAUUAAACAAAACUAUUGCUCAUACGACGCGUUGUACAACGGAAUAACUAAUUUAAAAGCAAGCGAAAGUGAAAGCUCGAAAGAAAGUAUUUCGAUUUUAUUUUUGAAAAUUUGAUGGCUUCGCCUGGGCAGCAUUGCGCCGCAGCAGCUGCAGCCCGUAGAAGACGCCAUCAGCAACCACAGCAAAGCCACAAUAUCAGCAACAACAGCAACAAACUGAUAUCCAUAGCCACAUUGACGCUGCUGAUACUCUGCCUGAGCAGCUGCAUCGCCUACGCAACCGCAGCAGCGGCAACAACCACGGAACAGCCAGCGACUCGGAGUAGCAGCAGCGGCAGCAGCACGGACAUCGGUAACCUGGGCGAAGAUUUCAACAGCAGCAGCGCCUUUUUGGGCGCUAUUGCAGCUGCUGCUGCCGGCUCGGUGAACAGCAGCCCCAUUGCCAUUGUCAGCUAUCAGGGAAUCACGAGUAGCACACCAAAUGGCAGCAGCAGCACUCUGGUGUCCAUGUCUGACACGCCGCUGCUGCUAGAUGAUCUGGCCGCGGGUGAGGAGUUUGAGCUGCCGCCGCUGCAGUCGGUCAUUGUGAGCAUUGUCCUACUAAUUGUUAUACUGGGCACCGUGGUGGGCAAUGUACUCGUCUGCAUUGCCGUUUGCAUGGUGCGCAAGCUGCGACGACCCUGCAAUUAUCUGCUCGUAUCAUUGGCGUUAUCCGAUCUCUGUGUGGCUCUGCUCGUCAUGCCCAUGGCCCUGCUCUAUGAGGUGCUGGAGCGCUGGAGCUUUGGCACGCUGCUUUGCGACAUUUGGGUAUCGUUCGAUGUGCUCUGCUGCACCGCCUCCAUACUGAAUCUGUGCGCUAUCUCCGUGGAUCGUUAUCUGGCGAUUACCAAGCCCCUCGAGUAUGGUGUAAAGCGGACGCCACGUCGCAUGAUGCUCUGUGUGGGCAUAGUUUGGCUGGCGGCCGCCUGCAUCUCGUUGCCCCCAUUGCUGAUACUAGGAAACGAGCACGAGGAUGAGGAUGGCCAGCCCAUAUGCACGGUGUGCCAGAACUUUGCAUAUCAGAUCUAUGCCACGCUGGGCUCCUUCUACAUACCCCUCUCCGUCAUGCUCUUUGUGUACUAUCAGAUCUUCAGAGCCGCACGACGCAUUGUGUUGGAAGAGAAGCGCGCCCAGACGCAUCUGCAGCAGGCAAUGAAUGGCACCGGCUCACCGCAGACGGCCACAGCACCCGUAUUGGGCCACACGGAGCUGGGCAGUGGCAAUGGCACUGGUCAUGGACACCGGCACAGCAGCGUGGGCAACACCUCGCUCACCUACUCCACCUGCGGCGGUUUGAGUACCAGUGGCGGCGGCGGCGGUGGGGGCGGCGGCAUUGUGGGCAUUCCUCAUGGCCAUCAUGGUAGCGGCGGCGGCGUGAGCGGCUCCACUGGUCUGCUAGGGUCACCGCAUCAUAAGAAACUGCGCUUUCAGCUGGCCAAGGAGAAGAAAGCGUCCACGACAUUGGGCAUUAUAAUGUCCGCUUUUACAAUCUGCUGGCUGCCAUUCUUCAUACUGGCGCUGAUCCGACCGUUUGAGACGAUGCAUGUGCCAGCGUCGCUGUCCUCGCUCUUUCUCUGGCUGGGAUAUGCCAACUCGCUCCUGAAUCCGAUUAUCUACGCUACUUUGAAUCGUGAUUUUCGCAAGCCCUUCCAGGAGAUACUCUACUUCCGGUGCUCCAGCCUGAACACGAUGAUGCGAGAGAAUUACUAUCAAGAUCAGUAUGGUGAGCCGCCCUCACAGCGGGUCAUGCUAGGCGAUGAGCGGCAUGGAGCGCGCGAGAGCUUCCUGUGAAGUCAAUGGAUCCCUGUAUGCUUGGCUCCUUAAAUUUAUAUAUAUGUUUAUGCAUAUGUGUUGUUCUCUAUACGGAUAGGCCAAAACUAACUAGUGUCUACUGCUUGGCUCCCCCUUCCACACAAAUACACACACACACAAACACACACACACACACACACAGACACACACACACACACACACAGAAACACACCCAUUCAUAUAUACUAUGUAUGAGUGUAACUGUUUACCUAUGAGUAUUUUUUGUAUGUAGUAGUGUUGCAUAACGCAAACCCCUAAGUACGAUAUAUGAUACACGAUAGAUGAUAAAUGCUGUAGAUGACUCCUCUAAAUGUAACUGAUCGUUGUAAUUUUUAAAUGUAACGCUAAGCAAUUAAGUGGGCUGAAAGCAACAACCACACACCACAUACACCCACCCAACCACUCACAACCAAAGCAACAAUUGCACGCGCACACAUAACAGAGCUGUAAAUCUAUCGAUGUUAGCGGUAUCUGCUUCUAGAGUUCUCACACUGAAAAACAAAAUUAUAAAUCAUAAAAGUAUUUGAUAAUGUCUUGGGCAUUGCUUGAUAAGCCUAUCGAUUAUAAUCGAAGCCAUCGAUAGUUUUGCAGCGGAAAGACACAUAAACACUCACAUAACAAGACGGUUGUACCACUGUUAACCCAGAACAGGUUUUCACACGGUUCCUUUUUAUGUUGUUAUUUCCAAACUGAAAAGACGAUUACAAUCAAAAUCGAUAUCGAAUCUAUUGAGCCCACAGCGAGCGUAGUUUAUUUGCGAUACUCAAAACUGAGCCAAAAAUUAAAUUAUAUUAAACACACUUAAGAUAUUGUAUCAGCUAUUUAAUAUUAAACAUUCAACACGAGUUAUAUAACAAUAUAUUCCAAUCGUCAAUAUACCAUAUCGUCAAGCAUGACAAAAUGUGGUCUAUUAACUGUCGAACUGUAAAUAGGAAAGCGCUGUACCAAAGAGUAAAAAAUAUACAUGUAUAUGUAUUUGCAUAUAUGUGUGCUACUCCCAACUGUCUCAUAACGUAUAUUUGUUAUGCUCGUAUAGCUAAAGCUCAAUACUAAAUCAUAUAUAAGUGUAUGUAUUUAUUAAAUACUUUCUGCAUU